CGUUAUAUGUCAAAAGUCAAAGCCUAAGAUUUGCAAAACCUGACUUUCUGUAGUAAUUUUGAAAGAAAUACUUGUGGAUUUAAUUUAAAUAAAUUUAAAAAUAUAAUGGAGGCCGAAUCUGAAGUUACAAAAGAAAAAAUUCACACUGAACCAGUAUUGAAUGAUCCUCGGUACAUAACCUUGUUAAGUCUGAUCGUUCUAUUGUUCACUUUCCUAUUUUGGUAUUGCUUUUCACGACGUCGCCAUUUGCGCCGUUCUAUUCUUUUAACGGGAUUAUCCGAUGCCGGUAAGACGCUUUUGUUCGUGAGGCUGGUCUAUUCUCAGUACAGACAAACAUUUACAUCUAUGAAAGAAAACAUUGAAGACUACAUAACAUCCAAUAAAACAUUAAGGAUUGUAGAUUUGCCUGGUCAAGAACGGCUAAGGAAUAAAUUCUUUGAUCAAUAUAAGAAUAGUGCAAAGGCUAUUGUAUAUGUUAUAGACUCUGUCACAAUCCAGAAAGAGAUCAGAGAUGUAGCUGAAUAUUUGUAUACUAUUUUGCUAGAUCCUGUUGUUCAAAGCAACUGCCCUUCUCUGCUUAUUUUGUGCAAUAAACAAGACCAGCCUAUGGCAAAGGGCAGUCAAGUCAUUAAAGGCCUUCUUGAAAAAGAAAUAAAUCUCGUGCGUAUUACAAAGUCCAGUCAAUUGCAGUCAGUUGAUUCAAACCAAACUAACAAUUCCACGUAUCUUGGCAAACUCGGCAAAGAGUUUGAAUUUACACACCUCAGUUGCAAAGUUGAUUUCCUAGAAUGUUCUGCUAAUGUCAGUGAUGAUGAUAAUCCCACUGACAUAAAAGAGCUACAAGACUGGAUUUCUAAACUUUAAAAAGUUCAGAAAUAUAUAUUUUUACACAGCCUUUUCUAUGUUCUCUUUCCCAUAUAAUGCUUAAAGACUUAACAUGUGAUUGAUAUGUGUAAUUUAAGACUUAAUUGUUAAAGUGCUGCAUUUAAAUAUUUAUGCAUAAAGUAUUUUUUAAUAAAAACAUUAAAUAAAA